AUGGCUGCGACACUACGCGUGGAAGACCUGAAACAAGCGUGCAUCGGCAGCGGACAUUUAUAUGAAGACCGCGGAGUUCGCCUGUCACCAAGGACUCGGUGUUUUACUACCAGACACCGCGCAUUUCAAUUUCAGUGGAAGAGGCCGAAGGAACUAGUUUCCAAGCCAUGUUUUUUGCUAGAUGGACAGAAUCAAUGCGACAUCACCACGGGGAAGUUAGGCGACAGUUGGCUGGUGUCAAGUCUCGGGUCCCUCUACCUCACGAAAUCCAUGUUCUUCCGCGUGAUACCGUCCGAACAGUCGUUUGACGACGACUACUGCGGACUCUUUUACUUCAGAGUUUGGUGGCACGGUACGUGGAAGAAGGUAGUCAUCGACGAUCGCCUUCCCACCGUCAACAACAAGCUGGUGUUCAUACAGAGCGACGGCAGCCAUCAGUUCUGGGCAGCACUCAUCGAAAAGGCGUUCGCUAAGUUGUACGGCUCGUACGAGGCGCUCAAGUACAAUACGAUAGUAGACGGACUCACCGACCUGACCGGGGGUGUGGUGGAGACGAUGGACAUGAAGGAUGACCCCAUGGCCUGCAGCAUCCUGCUACGGAGCAUGCUGGACGUGUCGUCUCUCGUAACGUGUUCCACGCCGAACCCUGCGAAAGGAAGCGUCCCGGAAAUACUCCCCAAUGGAUUAUCGUUGGGAAGAAGCUAUCGAGUUAUUCAACUAGAAAAGGUGUCCACGUCGAUGGAUGAGAGUAUACAGCUAGUGCGACUGCGUAAUCCAUGGGGUGCUGCAAAUUAUAGCGGUGCCUGGCAGGAGGGGUCGCUGGAGUGGAACACCGUCUCACAAAAAGACAAGGACGCACUGGGCAUUGGUCUUAAAGCCGACGGAGAAUUCUGGAUGCCGUAUUACGACUUCGUGAAAUGCUUCGCUAGUCUUGAGCUGGUGCACAUCGCGUGGGAGACCGUUCAACUCGAGCCGACGCUCAACAAGAAGAAGCCGUGGGAAUUGCAGACCUUUCACGGACGAUGGUGCAGAGGCGUUACUGCCGGUGGUUGCAGAAACCACGCAGAGACGUUCUACACGAAUCCGCAGCUACUGCUGACAGUGUCGGAGGCGGACGACGUUCUAAUCUCCCUGCAGCAACACAACAGCUACGACCCGCACGUCAUAGGCUUCUCAGUCUACCAGCUAACCAAAGUUAUCGCCGAGCGACUGCCGGUCAACUUCUUUCAGAACUACGUUGCCAAGUAUCACUCCCGGUACACCAACAGCAGGCAAAUAACUCAUAGAUAUUGGCUCCCACAGGGGCGAUACGUCAUCAUGCCAACCACGCAUGAGGCAGGCAAGGAAGGGGGUUUUACCGUACGAAUCAGCAGUUGUACACAAGUGAACCUACAGUUGCUAGAUGACACCACUGCUGUGACGAAGACGGUACUGAUAAAGGCGCCACAGAGAUCUGGGGCCGAAUCCUACGAGAACAUAUUUCUGCAGUAUGCCGAUGAACAGAGACAGGUGGAUGUGUUUUGUCUCAGUCAAGCCCUCAAAGUGUGCUUGCCGAAAGGAAAUAUUUUAGCAGUCACGCCAAAACGAAGAAUAGUAGCGUCAUGGAAAGCCGAGAAACUACGAGAAGCACUAAAAGACGUUGGAUUUUACCUCAGCACCGAUGUCAUCUGUGUGAUCAUGAUGAGACACAUUCGUAAGGAUGGCCUGCUAUAUUUUGUUGACUUCGUGUCAUGUAUUCUGCAACUAUAUGCUGCUUUCGGUCAGUUUAAUAAGCGGGAUCCUGCCCACGGCGGAAUUGUGAAGAUGAAUCUGAGUGACUGGAUUCGCGCUGCAGUGCACACGUGACAUCCUAUGUUGCCGAGGAGCCGGGUUCAACUGUGAGGCAAGCGGCCGCGUAUACAAGUGCAAUAUCACCAACAUGAAAUCACUCCUAAUGUUCAAAACGUUAUUAAAGCCGACUACCGCAUGCUGAAGUGUAAAAAUUAUUGUAAAUAUUAAAGCUACACGAUCAAAAUUAUAAUUAUUUUUUAUUACACUACUAUUAUUUUUAAUAUAUUAUCAGGUGCAGAUAUAACAGCAAAUACUGGAAAUUAUAUUAAAAUAGUAAUGUGGUAUUAACUUUGUUACGAUGCACGUUUGCAUAAUUAAUUCGAACAGUAAAGGUAAGAUCAGGCAAGAAAUUGGACACUUCAAAUUAACUUUCAAUAACGUUCACACUUUUCAUCAUCAUUCUCCUAUUUGUACUUUCUUUUAAGACGGGAAAUUUUUGAAAAAUAAUGACUAAAUAUCAAUCUAUAGUUAUUAAUUCUGUCUAAUUGUGACUAUGUAUUGUGUUUUUGUCACAUAUUGUGAACGUAUCCGCUUAUUAUCGCAAUAAACACGUUGAAUAUUUA